AUGGGUGAAAUACAAUUUUUCUUUGUUGGUGGCGACUACAGGAAGGCUCUGCGGGCCCUGUUCGUGCUGUUGCCUUUGCUGGGCCUGACUAACCUGCUGUUCUUCGUCGAUCCGCAAGAUGGCGGUGUUGGCGAGAACAUCUUUCAGAUCUUCAACGCACUGUUGCAGUCAACGCAGGGCCUGGUCGUGUCCAUAAUCUACUGUUUCACCAACGACGAGGUGAAAUCCGUGAUCAGGGAUCGAAUGAACCGCCAGAAGCAGCCAUUGACCAACAAAACGGUUCUCUCGGCCACUAACUGCCAUCGGCGCAGCGCUCAGUCCACCACCUGCACCCCCGGCCGGGACCCGGAUGUACGGAUACAGCGCAGUGAGCGCUCCAGCGUGGUCUAACUCCUCAGGCUGACGUCACAUUUCCAA